AUGCUGUCGCAACUGAGCAACUUGUUGCAACUGAACAACGUGUCGCAAAUAAGCGACGUGUCGCAACUGAGCGACGUGUUGCAACUGAGCAACGUGUCGCAACUAAGCAAAGUGUCGCAACUGAGAGACGUGUUGCAACUGAGAAAAGUGUCGCAACUGAGCAACUUGUUGCAACUGAACAACGUGUCGCAACUAAGCGACGUGUCGCAACUGAGCGACGUGUUGCAACUAAACAACGUGUCGCAACUAAGCGACGUGUCGCAACUAAGCGACGUGUCGCAACUGAGCGACGUGUUGCAACUGAGAAACGUGUCGCAACUGAGCGACGUGUUGCAACUGAACAACGUGUCGCAACUAAGCGACGUGUCGCAACUAAGCGACGUGUUGCAACUGAGCAACGUGUCGCAACUGAGCAAAGUGUCGCAACUGAGCAACUUGUUGCAACUGAACGUGUCGCAACUAAGCGACGUGUCGCAACUAAGCGACGUGUCGCAACUGAGAGACGUGUUGCAACUGAGCAACGUGUCGCAACUAAUCAAAGUGUCGCAACUGAGCAACUUGUUGCAACUGAGAAACGUGUUGCAACUGAGCAACGUGUUUGCAACUGAUCAACAUUUUGCAACUGAGCAACGUGUUGCAACUGAGAAACGUGUUGCAACUGAGAAACGUGUUGCAACUGAGCAACGUGUUGCAACUGAGAAACGUGUUUGCAACUGA